GGGGGUGGGGAGCCGGCUUCUGGCUCCGGCGCGGGUGGCCUGGGGGGUAGCGGCGAUCGCGCGCAGGUUAAAAGGGGGCAGCGCGGCAGCCGCGCGAGCAGUUCUGUAUCAUGUCUCUGCGCAGCAGCUUCGCCCGGCUCCUGCGGAAGCAGGCGGGCUCCGCGCUGCAACUCCAGAAACCUGCCCACUCCGUGGCGCUGAUCGGAGCCCCGUUCUCCAGGGGGCAGAAGAGAAGAGGGGUGGACCACGGCCCCGCUGCCAUAAGGAACGCGGGGCUGACGGAGCGGCUCUCCGGCUUGGGUUGCCAAGUGUACGACUUUGGAGAUCUGAGUUUCACUCAAGUGCCCAAUGACGAGCUGUACAACAACCUGGUCAAAUACCCACGCUCUGUGGGAUUAGCCAGCCAGGUGCUGGCUGACGCUGUGAGCGGAGCAGUGGCUGCUGGACAUAGCUGUGUAACUAUGGGAGGUGACCAUAGCUUGGCGCUUGGUUCCAUCAGUGGCCACACACGGCAGUGCCCUCACCUCUGUGUGAUCUGGGUGGAUGCACAUGCGGAUAUCAACACCCCUCUCACAACUCAAUCUGGAAACCUCCAUGGACAGCCAGUCUCAUUUCUGUUACGAGAGCUCCAGGAUAAAAUGCCGCUGCUUCCUGGCUUUUCCUGGCUAAAGCCCUGCCUCUCAACAUCUGAUAUUGUCUACAUUGGUCUGAGGGAUGUGGAUCCUGCUGAACACUAUAUUUUGAAGAACUAUGACAUUCAAUAUUACUCAAUGAGAGAUAUUGAUCGCCUUGGAAUCCAGAAAGUUAUGGAAAGGACAUUUGAACAAUUAAUGAGCAGAAGACAAAGACCAAUUCACUUGAGCUUUGACAUUGAUGCUUUUGAUCCUUCACUGGCUCCAGCAACAGGGACACCUGUUUUAGGUGGAUUAACAUAUCGGGAAGGCAUGUACAUUACGGAGGAAAUACACAAUACAGGAUUGCUUUCAGCUGUGGACCUGGUUGAAGUAAACCCAUUGCUUGGAGCCUCUCAGGAGGAAGUGAAUGCUACAGCCAAUCUUGCAGUGGAUGUGCUAGCAACGUGCUUUGGGCACACAAGAGAAGGAGCACACACUGUUUUUGAUGAACUCCCAACACCUAAUUCACCAGAUGAAUCAGACAGUGAGGAGCAAGUGAGGAUUUAGGACCCUCAGAUGGUGGAAGACACUUCACAUUGAGCAUUCCAGGGCUCUGCUGAGGCAUGUGAGUGGCUAGAUUAAUGGCCAUGUCAAACACUUGGAGUGUUACUUUUUUUAAAGAGACUAGUUUUUUUCCAUUUGACCAAUAACUACUGUAUGAUGUAUACGUUUUAUUCAUUUAGUCAAUUAGAAAUAUGUAAAUUUAGACAAGUAAUAAAAUAAUUAUUACUGUCUAUUACCAUUA